CCUAGUGGAGGAAAAAUGGACCUACAAUGACAAAUAAAAAAAUAGGGAUCAGCGCAUUGAGCUAUAAAAAAAACGGAUCAGCGCCAUGUCUGAUUCUCCAGUAGUGGAAUAGAGAACGGGACACCUAAACCAUUUAAUUCCAGGGUCGGGGAUCCCGUUCGGUCUCGAGGAUGUCCGGGAGCGCAGGGAUUCAGCAGGGCUCCCCGGCCAUCGGUGCAGCGGGAUCGGCGCCUGCGGCUCCGGGAGCCGGGGGAACCGAAGGUUCGGGCGCUACGGUAGGAUCGGCACGAAUCGCCGUGAAGAAGGCGCAGCUCCGCUCCUCCCCGCGCCCGAAGAAACUGGAGAAGCUCGGAGUUUAUUCAUCUUGCAAGGCUGAGGGGGCCUGUAAGUGUAACAGCUGGAAGAGCCAGAACCCCCCUCCCACACCACCCCGUACAGACCAGCAGCCCAACACUUUCAACCUUCAGGACCCCUGCCGUAGCUGCUCUCAUACACUGGGUGACCAUGUAACCCACCUGGAGAACGUUUCAGAGGAGGAGAUGAACAGGCUUCUGGGCAUUGCUCUGGACGUGGAGUACCUGUACACAUGUGUCCACAAAGAGGAGGAUGCUGACACCAAACAAGUCUACUUCUCCCUCUUCAAGCUAUUGAGGAAAUGCAUCCUUCAGAUGGGCAGACCUGUGGUGGAGGCACAGGAGAGUCCUCCCUUUGAGAAACCUAGCAUUGAACAGGGGGUGAAUAACUUUGUCCAGUACAAGUUCAGCCAUCUUCCCUCCAAGGAACGUCAGACCAUCGUGGAGCUGGCCAAGAUGUUCCUAAACCAGAUCAACUACUGGCAGCUGGAGACACCCUCACAGAGACGACAGCGGGCCCCUGCUGAUGAUGCCGCCGGGUACAAAGUCAACUACACCAGAUGGCUGUGCUACUGCAACGUCCCUCAGUUCUGUGACAGUCUACCGCGGUACGAGACGACCCAAAUCUUCGGUCGGACCCUGCUGCGCUCCGUCUUCACUGUAAUGAGGAAACAGCUGCUAGAGCAGGCCAGGCAGGAGAAGGAUAAGCUACCCCUGGAGAAACGCACUCUCAUCCUCACACACUUCCCCAAGUUCCUGUCCAUGCUGGAGGAGGAGGUGUACAGUCACAGCUCUCCCAUCUGGAGUGAAGAAUUCCUGGCUGGAUCCUCAGGAGAACCGAUCCCCAUCCAUACAGUGAUCAGUGCGCCCCCGGUGGCCAGGCCUCUGUACUACAACUCCAGCCCAGUAUCUGUGGACCCAUCCAGCUGUGGCAGUGUCAGUCCUGCCAGGAAGACCGCCUCUGUUCUGGAACCCAGCCCAGGUGGGCAGAAGCGGAAGCCAUCGGAGCCCCUCCCCCAUGAGGAGACUAAGAAGCUCAGGAUUGUCGGGGACAUCCCCAUGGAACUCAUCAACGAAGUCAUGGCAACCAUCACCGACCCCGCCUCCAUGCUGGGACCAGAGACCAGUCUACUGUCGGCCCACUCGGCCCGUGAUGAGGCGGCACGCCUGGAGGAGAGGAGGGGGGUGAUAGAGUUCCACGUCAUUGGGAACUCCCUCAACCAGAAGCCCAACAAGAGGAUCCUCAUGUGGCUGGUGGGCCUCCAGAAUGUCUUCUCUCACCAGCUGCCUCGCAUGCCCAAAGAGUAUAUCACACGCCUCGUCUUUGACCCAAAGCACAAGACUCUGUCGCUGAUCAAAGAUGGCCGUGUGAUCGGAGGGAUCUGCUUCCGGAUGUUCCCCUCACAGAGCUUCACAGAGAUUGUAUUCUGUGCAGUCACCUCCAACGAGCAGGUCAAGGGAUACGGCACUCACCUGAUGAACCAUCUGAAGGAGUACCACAUCAAGCACGACAUCCUCAACUUCCUCACCUACGCAGACGAGUAUGCCAUUGGCUACUUCAAAAAGCAGGGCUUCUCUAAAGACAUCAAGGUUCCCAAGGCCAAGUAUCUGGGCUACAUCAAAGACUAUGAGGGAGCGACACUGAUGGGCUGUGAGCUCAACCCCAGCAUCCCUUACACGGAGUUCUCUGUCAUUAUCAAGAAGCAGAAAGAGAUCAUAAAGAAACUGAUAGAGAGGAAGCAAGCUCAGAUCAGAAAGGUCUACCCAGGACUUUCCUGUUUUAAGGAAGGAGUUCGACAGAUUCCCAUCGAGAGCAUUCCUGGAAUACAAACUGGAUGGAAACCGGUGGGCAAAGGGAAAGAGCUGAAGGAUCCAGAUCAGCUGUACAGCACCCUGAAGACCAUCCUACAACAUGUUAAGAGUCACCAGAAUGCCUGGCCGUUCAUGGAACCAGUGAAGAAGACUGAGGCUCCUGGCUACUACCAAGUCAUCCGCUUCCCCAUGGACCUGAAGACGAUGUCUGAGCGUCUGAAGAGCAGGUACUACACCACGCGGAAGCUCUUCAUGGCCGACAUGCAGCGUAUCUUCACCAACUGUCGCGAGUACAACCCUCCAGAGAGCCAGUACUACAAGUGUGCCAACCUGCUAGAGAAGUUCUUCUACACCAAGAUCAAGGAGGCAGGUCUCAUUGAGAAGUGAAGAGAUGGGAGGGGCUUCAAGGGUGAGGGAGCAAUGGCUUCGGUCUAAUGAUUUUUAAAUGUUUUUGUUUUUAUUUACUUAUUCUUUCUUUUAUUUUUCUACUGCGUUCAACCAGAAAAAGAGAGAGCUAUAUAUCCAGUAGGAAGAAUGAUUUUAGGUUAAUCAGUAUACUAUCCCUUGCCCCACUCAGGAAAACAGAAGUCCUAGAUAGAAACUCCCAUCUGUUCAGCUAACACAACCCUCCAUCUGUUCAGCUGACCCAACCCUCCAUCUGUUCAGCUAACCCAACCCUCCAUCUGUUCAGCUAACACAACCCUCCAUCUGUUCAGCUAACCUAACCCUCCAUCUGUUCAGCUAACCCAACCCUCCAUCUGUUCAGCUGACCCAAUCCUCCAUCUGUUCAGCUAACCUAACCCUCCAUCUGUUCAGCUAACCUAACCCUCCAUCUGUUCAGCUAACCUAACCCUCCAUAUGUUCAGCUAACACAACCCUCCAUCUGUUCAGCUAACCUAACCCUCCAUCUGUUCAGCUAACCUAACCCUCCAUCUGUUCAGCUAACACAACCCUCCAUCUGUUCAGCUGACCCAAUCCUCCAUCUGUUCAGCUAACCUAACCCUCCAUCUGUUCAGCUAACCUAACCCUCCAUCUGUUCAGCUAACACAACCCUCCAUCUGUUCAGCUAACCUAACCCUCCAUCUGUUCAGCUAACACAACCCUCCAUCUGUUCAGCUAACCUAACCCUCCAUCUGUUCAGCUAACACAACCCUCCAUCUGUUCAGCUAACACAACCCUCCAUCUGUUCAGCUAACCUAACCCUCCAUCUGUUCAGCUAACCUAACCCUCCAUCUGUUCAGCUAACCUAACCCUCCAUCUGUUCAGCUAACCCAACCCUCCGUCUGUUCAGCUAACCCAACCCUCCAUCUGUUCAGCUAACCCAACCCUCCAUCUGUUCAGCUAACCUAACCCUCCAUCUGUUCAGCUAACACAACCCUCCAUCUGUUCAGCUAACCCAACCCUCCAUCUGUUCAGCUAACCUAACCCUCCAUCUGUUCAGCUAACCCAACCCUCCAUCUGUUCAGCUAACCUAACCCUCCAUCUGUUCAGCUAACCUAACCCUCCAUCUGUUCAGCUGACCCAACCCUCCAUCUGUUCAGCUGACCCAACCCUCCAUCUGUUCAGCUGACCCAACCCUCCAUCUGUUCAGCUGACCCAACCCUCCAUCUGUUCAGCUAACCCAACCCUCCAUCUGUUCAGCUGACCCAACCCUCCAUCUGUUCAGCUGACCCAACCCUCCAUCUGUUCAGCUGACCCAACCCUCCAUCUGUUCAGCUAACCCAACCCUCCAUCUGUUCAGCUAACACAACCCUCCAUCUGUUCAGCUAACACAACCCUCCAUCUGUUCAGCUGACCCAACCCUCCAUCUGUUCAGCUAACCCAACCCUCCAUCUGUUCAGCUAACACAACCCUCCAUCUGUUCAGCUAACCCAACCCUCCAUCUGUUCAGCUAACCCAACCCUCCAUCUGUUCAGCUGACCCAACCCUCCAUCUGUUCAGCUGACCCAACCCUCCAUCUGUUCAGCUGACCUAACUCACAUGUAAGAUGUCACAUCUGUGAAGAACUGGACUGUCUGAGAGAUAUGGGGAGGGAUAGUCAGUUACUCAGCCAUUCAUAUGGUGUUACUGGGUCGUAAUGGUGUAGGGUGAAAAAAACCUAGACUAAUGGUAAAGGUUAGGAUUAGGGGAGGGGAAGCUGAUCCUAGAUCUGUACCUAGGGGUAACCUCUCCCUGGAACCAUAGUAAUCUGACUUGUUUUAUUUGUAUGUGCGUGUUACGAGUGACGUCAGAUGAGGUCUGUCCCAGAAUUUAUGAGGGCAAAAUUUGUAUGUAUGUUACUAGAGAGUUCAUCCUGCCAAAAAAGGAAAAUUAUAUUUUAAAUCUGUAUGUAUGAAUUUUAACAAUUGUAAACCUCUUGAAUUACUUGCUGUAUAUUUUUCCUGGUUUGUUUUUAAACUGAAAGGAGGGGAAGCCCUUCAUGCUGGUCCAUGUAAAAAGUCCCAUAGGGCAAAAGGUGACCAUGGAAAUGCACUUAUUUAUUUUUUCAAGCAACUAUUCAGCAUCACAUGGUGAGAGCUUUUUUGUUUUCCAUUGAGAUGUUCCGUCUUUUGAGAAAAGCACUAUGAAAUAAUGGCUAAUUUUAACUAUGUAGAGUUUCUCCUUAUUUAUGUGCUGUAAUUUUUAAGGAAUAAUGCUUAAUAAAAUAAUUUAUUCUGUCUUAUUAUUUCUGUCUAGACGAUUGAUAUCUUUGUACUUUGAAGAUAAAAUAAAAAAGAUUGUGCAAUACUAUGUAGUUUUGCUGUUUUGUAUAGAAGAUGUUUGUACUUUUUCAAACUUUAGGAGAAACCUGGAUUUUGUAAUAAUGGUUUGAAUGACAGACUAUUUUAUAGACUGAUUAAAAUAGAAGUGAAUCUAA